GCUUGUGAGGUGGACUUUCGCUGGCAGUGUGGCUGAGCUGCUGUGUUAAACUUACAGUGGUAGUGGAUCUGUGGAACUGGUGGUGCGCUGUGGUGGAGCGGCGGUGUACUGUACCCUAUCCUCUUAUAGAAACUCAUGGUGAACUUUAUCCAAAAGGUAGCACUACUCAGGUAUCCUCCUUCCUUAGUUCACUAGUGAUGGUGCUUCUCGCAACACUAAAACGGACGUCCUCUUAGAAAUUAUUAUUAUUUUCGUGACGGAUCACUUUUUUGACUCUACUUCAAGAACCUGAACUUCCUGGACAACAGUGUGAGCUAAAACGAGUGACAAUUGUGAAAACAGUGUGGAUUAAUACGCUUUGUGAUCAACUCUGUGGUAACUUACAUUUUUAUGAAUGCGUGUGGUGAAUAUUGUGACGUACAGACGAGUUGCGCGCCUUAGUGACAACUGCUAAGCUAUAAUGGUGCAAAGUGUCGACAUGCCCCUAUUUUAUUACAAUAGGACCAGUCAUUGUGCUCCGAUUGUAUCCACCGCUGGAAUAAACACGAUGACGGACGAGCUGCUGUCACUUAAGUGGAACAAUCACAAGUCCACUUUUGCGGAUAUACUCACAAUACUCAGGGACCAGGAAGUAUUCAUCGAUGUGACACUAGCGUGUGGUGGAAAACAGUAUCCAGCGCACAAAUUCGUGCUAUCAACAUGUAGUGAUUACUUUAAAGAAAUGUUCACAAAGAAUCCUUGCAAACAUCCCAUCGUAUUUAUGAAAGAUGUAUCAGCCAGAGACUUGGAGGCAUUAUUAGAUUUUAUGUACCGAGGAGAAGUUAACGUGCCUCACCACAACCUAGCGUCACUAAUUAAGACCGCAGAAGGGCUGCAGGUCAAGGGUCUAGCCGUCCCAGAUGAUCCCAUCCAACUCAGAAAAGCAGACCGAUCGACAAGAGAGGUCCCAACCCCCAGACCGCCCCCAGAGCCUUCGUCCAGUCCGCCGCCAAAGAGAAAAAGAGCGAGAGACCCAGAAUAUAUGUCCGGUGGGCUAGGACUUAUGUAUAGUAAUUUGUCUCCUCAAGAACCUAACAGUCCGUACGACCUGUCACAAAAAUCCUCCUCAUCUUCUGUGUCACAAUCUGAUAACGCCCAGAAUGAAUGCACUCAUUCUGCCUCUCCGGAUCAACCUCACUACGGGAACAAGGAAAAUUCGCCGGAAGACUAUAAGUUUAAAGCAAGUACGCCUCAGCCUCCACACACGCCACAACCGCCACGCUCUCCGGUGCCGAUGACUCCCUUGGAAGUUAACUGUCAAGACAGGAAUCGAGAUGAAUCGGAUCCUGUGCCGGGUCCCUCCUGGAGACCGAGUUCUGCAAAACCCGACGAUGAAGUGGUUGUGAAAGAAGACAUCUCUAUAGAAGAGGAGGAGGAGGACUGGGGAUUAGAGAGUGGGCCAGGGAGUGACAUGGGGGACGCCAGUAGUGGUGGUGAACAUCCCCCUAUGGACCUCCUCCCCCCACACUCUUGUUCUAACUCUAGUCUUGCCUCCUCCUUGGACCCAGCACUGAAGGACUUGUCAUCAAAGUCAUCCAAAUUGAAACGGGAGGACUCAUCCAUGCUGAGCCCUCAAGGUCACUCCUUACCUCCUCACCACUCAUCUGCUCCAAUGUCUGGCUCUAUGCUCCUACCACCAGGGCCACUCUGGCCCCAAGAUAGCAACGUUAACAUUGAGGAGAUACUGCCGUGCCCCAUCUGUGGUAAGCAGUUCCCCAAGAAGAGAAAGUCCAACCUACAAGUGCACCUAAGGACUCACACUGGAGAGAGGCCAUUUAAGUGUCAACAGUGUGGUCGUGGUUUCAAACAAAAAGCUCAUCUUGAGAAACAUCUCGAAAAGUCCUGCCAUGUAAUGUCUGAGUACGUGCCUUAUCCGUUUUUUCCCAAGAUCUGAGCGGUGGGCAACUUCUACACGCUCAGUACCGUGACCCAAGAGGCUCGUGCUCACUCUGGCUUAGCGACUCUACCUCAGUCCUGCCUCAACAGACUCUAGGCCUGUGCCAGAGAGGCAGCGACUCCACCCAAGUCCCGCCUCGUCAGACCUUGGCCCCGUGCCAGAAGGGCAGGGACUCCACACCCCGGCUGAGCACAUGCAUUACUCCCUAACUCAACAAUGUGAUGUUGUCUGUGACAGUGACAAAGUUGCCUAUAUUAAAACAGUUAAGGAAUUGUCACGGACUGAGAAAAUAGAUGGCUUUAAACUGCUCAUGUAUAGAGCACCUGUGAAUCUCCUGUUUGAGAUAUGAAUGCAUAAUUGUAAGUAAUAGAUAUGACUAUUUGAACUUUCUUGCUACAUUAUGUCAACACGGGUACAACCGUCCGAUAUUAGUUUUGUAUUCACAUAUAUGUACAAUUAUUAAUGAAGUUAGCAACUUUUGAGUUAUUAUACUGUAGCUGACUCCAGCUUCCAUACAUACAUGUAUCUGAUGUACAUACUGCAUCAUCCUGUACAGAGAGCAUUAAAACAUAAACUCUUGAUCUUUUAGCCUAGUUUCAAAAUAGUGCCCUGCAGUGGUCCAUCUCUUCCCUCCAUAACUCGUGUCAUAUGUCCACAUUUUAUACUCCAUAAUACUAUAUUCACUGUACUAUAUGUAAAUAAAUAUAUAGAUGUAUAUCAAAUUUUAUAUGUACCGUAUUAUUAAGAAUGCAAAAAGGGAAAAUUUAUAAAAUUCAAUUUAGUUAGAGAUAUAGAAGAGAUAUGUAUAGCUUCAGGUUGUCUGAAGAAAAAAAUAAAUAUUUAAUGAUUUAUUAAAUGUUAACUGGGCAUUCAUUAAUUACCCAAAGCCAAUGUGCUUCUUUCUUAAGCUUCCAAUAAGAUAACGGCAAUUUUUUGUACUGCAACGCUCUCUUCCGUCUUACCUGCUGGGUUAUAAAAAAUUGCCUUCAAUUAUAAUUAAAUAAUUUCACUUCUCCAUUAAGGGAGGCUUUUAUUUCAACUGUGUACUUACACUGUACAGCACUAUACUGUACUUCUAUAGUGUUGUUAAUCACUUUCCAUUAUUUCCUUCAAAGUGUGAAAGACGCUGAGAAACACUAAGUUCUCUUAUUAAUCUUUGUACUGUCUGCCAUAUUGCCACGUCUGUUUCGAGAUUCUUGUUAUUUAAAUUUAGCUUUACCUUUCUCCAAUAAUUCUCUUGAUCGAGUCCUUAUAAUGAAUCACACAGCCUCAAAUGAACCCAUCCAAAUAAAGGUUUCUAACAGAUGCACCUCACAUCUUUAAUAUAUAAUCCAUCCUGCCAUAGCUAAUAAUUCACCAAUCCCUUCUGAAUACUAUAUCUCCUAACAAUCAUCUAGAUACAUAUACGAUAGAUUCCUUCCCAUAUUCACUCAACGUUCAGGGAUUAUUUACCGUAACGACGUCUUUAUGCCAACAAAGCCUUAUGCAACAUUUACCUCCAUCUUAUCUGUUCCAAUUAACACGAGCAGAAAUAUUUGGUCCGUUGUGUAUUGUAAUCUAUGUGUUUUAAGAAUAUAAAUAAUCCCCACUAGUCCUUUUCUUCUAUUUUUUUGGACCUGUCGUCAUCAAACCACCAACACCGUUUAGCGUUGUGGGUCAGCAUCCUUCACUCCUUAGCUGUAGACAAAUUUUAUAGAAGAUUAAUAUUAUGGUAAUGUUCAUUUUUUCUAUAUAUAUAAUUUCUUCCAUCUAUACAUAAAAAAAUAAUAUUUCUUUCAUCUAUACAAACACAACUUAAUAUUUCUUUCAUCUAUACAAACACAACUUAGUAUUUCUUUCAUCUAUACAAACACAACUUAAUAUUUCUUUCAUCUAUACAAACACAACUUCCAUUAUUUCAUCUAUACACCACACACACACACACACAGGAUGCUCCCCAUAUCUUCCCAUCACUUAUUUUUAUCUCAAGGUUUUGUUUAAUUUCUUAUCCACAAAAUAAAUCAUGCCAAGGAAUUAAACUAUUGAACGUGUGUAGUUCUGUAAGAAAUAGAAUUAGGAAAUUAUCUGAACUCCAGUAUACAAACUCUGUGAACUGAUCUAUAUAUAAUUUCUGCACAUGUGAUGUGCAUUAUUGUAGACCAGAAGGACCACGUUUGAAUCACUGUAUUAAAUUGGUCCUCAUCAUUAUUUCCCUAGAUAUUUUUUACAUUAAUACCUAGAUUAUCCAGAAACAACUAACCAGUCUUUAUGUUAAAAAGAAUAUAAAAGAAAACAUUUCACAGUUGUAUUAGUGUUUACCUCAUGGCUUCCUUAGGUAUCAGAUCUGGUUCUGUGAAGAGUAACAUAAAUAUUACGCUGGGAUGUUCAAUGUGUAUAAAAUUUCCUAAUUGGUUUUUAGACUUAGCGUACGUAUUGCUGUAUGGGAUUUGGUUCGUUCCUCCAAACUGAACCAAACUUACCAAAGUACAUGUGAUAUUUAAAUUAAAGUUGAUCAUGUACAGAGAUAGUAGUAGAUAUAUUGUGUUAGAUUCUUAAAAAGUAUCUAGACAAUAUUUAUUGUCUCUUAAAAAAAUACAGAAUGGAAGUAUAACUCCGACACAAGGCAGGGCACUAGCAGCUGCACUCUAACAUAGCCUUUGGACCGAAUUGUUAAUCACUACUUGAGUAUUAAGACUUAAUCACUUGGUUGUGAAAAUGAUUAGUUUAACUUACAUGUGAUAACUCUGAACUGAGAAACUUGGUGUUUAAGAGGCAAAUUCUUCAUGUAAUUAAUAAUGUAAGUUCAGUUGGGAAUUGAUUAGCAGUUUCAAUUAAUUCUCAAGCAUUGAUUAAGAAUUUUGCCCUCUCUUCAUCUGUGGUUGAGGUCUUGUAAAUCCUGUAUAUAGAAUUACUGUAUAGUCAUUAUUUUAGUAUUCUGUACCUACAUGCACCCUUUAAUGAAAAUUCUGUCUAUCAUUGAAAUAAACACUAUUUUCUGUCAA